UACUAUUAUAAGUUCAAUGGGAUUCUCAUAAGGAGUAUUCAUGAUUGUAGAAAUUGGUUAACUAGCAUAUUCAGACAAAAGAUUCGACUCAUAGCUGAGAUUUCUGAUUUACUUUUCAUCAAAUGAAAUUAAACCAAAGAAAAUGCAUAAUGACAAUAAACAUGUAAUUACUAUAUCUUCUUUAAAACUGUAGGUUCUAAAGAUUUUAUUUAUUUAGAAUCGAUCAGAGAAACAAUAGAAUUGAAUUCCAAAAUUAUUUGGACAGAAUCAAGUAAGAAGCUUUUUAAGCUUAACUCACAGGGUUCCAUUAGAUUAGAACUAGCAAAAUUUACAUUGUUUAAAUUAGAU